AUGGAGUCUGACAGAACAAGAAGCGGAAUGUGCCUUAAGAAUGCCGAAAUAGCAAAUGCAAAUGCUGUUAAAGAAGCAGAAGAAGACAUAUUCCACACCAAGAUCCCUGAACCAGUGAUAACUCACAUUCUCUCUUUCCUUCCAACCAAAGACGCAGUUCGCACUUCUGUCUUAUCCAAAACAUGGGAACACCGUUGGACUUUCCUCACCAAACUCUCCUUACACGAUCAUCGUCAAAAUGAUUUAAUCAAUGAUCAACUUGUUAGGCUUCGAAGAACACGAAACUUUGUUAGGUUUGUUGAUAGAGCCCUGAUUCAUACUGAUGGUAUAAUCCUGGACAGCUUUUCUCUUUUCCUCUUUGGAAGAAUUCUCAACCAAUUAAGUCAUGCAAAGUCUAUCCAAUUCGAGGCAUCAGAGGUUGAUUUGAUGCUACCGGAACAUCUAUGUGUAUUUUCAACGUUGACACAUUUGGAGGUUGGCUUGAUUAGUGUUGAUAAUCUCUUGGUCUUACUACAAAAGACACCGGUUCUCAAGACACUAGUUCUCAAGGGAAUAUGUAAAUUUAAGGAAGAGCGUCUAAGUUCUGCUGUUGUGCCCGAAUGUUUGGCUUCUCUCCAUGUUGUGAAAUUUAAAGAAGUUAAUGGAGACAAUCAUGAUCUAUUUUUGGCUAAAUUUUUUAUGAAAAAUGGCAUUAGCUUGGAGAAGAUGUGUUUCUCCCUUGCUAGUCAACUCCUGCGCAAAAACAAAGCUGUGGAAAAAUUUAAGAAGAAGUUGUACUCAUUUCGUAAUUUUGAUUCUGUUGAUUUAAGGAGAACUAGAAGUUACUGUGGUAAUCAUGUACCACAAACCAUUAUUUUACCGUUCACAUGCGAUGCUUCUGCUAAAAUCAUUUUACACGAGGGCCGAAAUCAUAUGUCACCAUUCGAACCUUUUCACCUUCUUAAACAAUUUAGUCAUGCCAGGUCUAUCAAAUUUGAGGUAUCCAAGGUUCUGAUGCAACCAAAAGAGCUGUGCGUAUUUCCAAUGUUGACCGAUUUGGAGGUUGGCUUAGUUAGUGUCGAAAUUCUCUUAGCAUUACUUCAAAAGACACCUGUUCUCAAGACACUCGUUCUUAAGGGAAUACGUACAUUUGAGGAAGAGCUUUUGAAUUCUUCUGUUGUUCCCGAAUGUUUGGCUUCUCUCCAUGUUGUGAAAUUUGAAGAAGUUAAUGGAGAUGAUCAUGAGUUAAUUUUAGCUCAAUUUUUGGUGGAAAAUGGUAUGGUCUUGGAGAGGAUGUGUUUCUCCCUGGUUAGUCAAAUCCCGGACAAAGAUGAGGUUAUGGAAGAAUUUAAGGAGAAGAUGUCCUCGUUUCAUAAUUUCAUUCCUGAUGUUGUUGAGUUUUCAUAUGAGUAG